AUGCACGCCAACAUCACAGUUCCCACUUCUUCUUUCUCUUCUCCUCCAACAGAUCCAGUAUUAUAUCCUGCCACCCCCCUUCUACCUUUCAUAUCCGAUGCGCUCCUGUCAUGCUUAUCCCCAAUAGUCGUUUAUUGGGUCUUAUCAAUGAUCUUCCAUUACAUCGACGAGUACGAGCUUCUAGAAAAGUACCGCAUUCACACGCCGGAGGAGGUUCUUAAGCGAAACCAUGUGUCAAGAUACGAAGUUAUCAGGGACGUCAUCAUUCAGCAGGUUAUUCAGUUCGGGUUCGGAUGGAUUUUAGGUUACAUAGAACCGGAAGAGAUGACUGGGGCCGAAUCAUGGGAAAUCUACGAAUUGAGCCAAACCGUUGGUUGGUCUACUUCUCUGCUACUUGGUUUGUCAGGUAUUGAUGCGGGAACCUUAUCAUCCAAUGUCGCUUCCUAUCUAUCAACUCAGGGUUCAAUGGGUGUCUUUUUGGUGAACGUUGACUGGCGAUGGAAGAUUGCCGAAACUCUCUACUGGGUUCUCUUUCCUCUCCUUCGUCUUGGCCUUGCUAUCUUCAUUCUCGACACCUGGCAAUACUUCUGGCACAGGCUCAUGCAUCAAGUUCCCUUCCUAUAUCGAACCCUUCAUUCCCGUCACCAUCGACUCUACGUCCCAUAUGCUUUUGGCGCCCUGUACAACCAUCCGCUUGAGGGUUUGAUCCUCGACACCAUGGGCGCAGGCCUGGCAUUCAAAGUAUCGGGAAUGUCGAUGAAGGGUAGUGUCUUCUUUUUCGGUUUCAGCGCAAUGAAGACGGUCGAUGACCACUGCGGCUACAAGCUUCCAUUCGACCCUCUUCAAAUCAUCUUCUCUAACAAUGCUGAGUAUCACGAUAUUCACCACCAAGGAUGGGGAAUCAAGCACAACUUUUCUCAACCAUUCUUGAUCUGUUGGGAUAGAUGGCUUGGUACUAUUUAUACCGGCGGCGAUGCCGCGGAAAGAAAUAGACGGACUCAGGAAAGAGUCCAUUGUCAGGUUGAGGCCGAAAAGUCAAAGAAGGCUUCUAUCAAUACUCCUUCUGAACAAGAUGAAUACGCUGCGCGAAGAGUCCUACCCGAAGAAGAUGAUACAGAAUUUAUCAAAACAAGCAUUGUCGCAAAGCUCGAGUCAACUACAGUCACUGAACCGCCGCGUCAAAGACGGAGAACUAGAACAAUCACACUUGCAGACGUGGCGGGAAAGGACAUGGCUGAAAGCGUUAAGGAAGCUGGCGAGUGGGUCAACGGCGUUGUUGGCAAUGUAUCUGGCGCAAAAGUCAGGUAG